UCUGCCGAGGACCGAAAAUCUCGUCAGCUUGUCACGGUGAAAAAAUAUUUGGACCCAUUUUCAGCGGCAAGCAAGACUAGGCAUAUAUUCCGAGAGAUUAAAUUAUUGAGACAUAUGAAGCAUGAAAAUGUUGCGGCUGUCGUCGAUAUAUUUAUCUCUCCUUCGCAAGAUGUCUACCUUGUUACGGAACUAAUGGAAAUCAAUCUCCAAACACUUUUGAAGACAAAGCCCAUGCAAGGAGAGUUUGUCCAGUACUUUUUGUACCAGAUAAUGCGUGGACUCAAAUAUAUUCAUUCGGCCGGAGUCGUUCAUGGUGACCUGCAGCCAAGCAAUAUUAUGGUGAGCCAUAACUGUGACCUCAAAAUCAAGGGAUAUGGACAGCCGCGAGUUUACGGUCCUUGGAUCACUCGCCAUGCCUCUGCCCACUAUACGGCCCCCGAAGCUAUGUUGGAAGGCCAAAGAUAUGGCAAGUCCAUUGACAUUUGGAGUGUAGGUUGUAUAUUUGCCGAGUUGUUGCAGGGAAAGGUUCUUUUCCCUGGCCAAAAUGAUAUUCAACAAUUUCAUAUGAUCACAGAGCUGCUAGGCACACCGACUGAGACUGUCACGAAAAGAAUGACUGGUGGAAAUUUGCUAAUAAUCUUAGCCGCUGGACUAUUGGAGAAUAUGCUUGUUUUCGACCUACAAGAGAGAGUUACUGCAUCCGAAGCUCUAGAAUUUGCCUAUCUAGCCCCUUAUCAUGACCCUACAGAUGAACCGGAGGCUGAAGAGGCAGUCGAUUGGACAUUUGAUAACGCCAACCACUCAUUUGAAUAUUGGAAAGCCGAGUUGUAUGCCUGGGAGUCUAAAUUGAUGUUGAACUGA